AUGGCUUCCAGGAACUCAGCCUCUCUUGCUCUUUUCUUCGUCCUCAACAUCCUCUUUUUCACCUUAACUGCUGCAACUGAUUGUGGCUGCACCCCAAGUCCUAAGCCCAAGCCAGUCCAUGGUAUUGUGCCCCCCAAACCAGUCCCAAGUCCUUCCGUCCCUAGUCCUUCAGUCCCAAGUCCUUCCGUCCCUAGCCCUUCAGUCCCAAGUCCAAGCACCCCUGGCUCAUCUGGAAUUUGUCCUAUAGAUGCCCUCAGGCUCGGUGUAUGUGCAAAUGUCCUAAGCGGUCUACUCAACGUGCAGUUGGGUCAGCCAUCAUCUCAAUCAUGCUGCUCGGUCAUCCAAGGGUUGGCUGACCUCGAGGCUGCGGUCUGUCUCUGCACUGCUCUUAGGGCUAACGUUCUCGGCAUCAACCUCAACGUUCCUAUAUCUCUCAGCAUUCUUCUCAACGUUUGUAACAAAAGCCUUCCAUCUCGUUUCCAGUGCCGUUGA